UUUCCUCCCCCCAUCUCACACACGCUGCCGCUUUCUGUUGCCCAGUAGAACUCAUCUUGCCGCGUGUCUAGGAGAGUGUUAUUUUGUUGUUGUUGUUGUUGUUGUUUUUUUAGUUGGGUUCCAACUUCGGCGAAAUCAGUUUCAGAUUGGAGAAUUGUGAGCUGUGCGGCAGUUCGGUGUUGGGUGGGUCGUUUGGGUGGAGGUUCCGUGUGCGAACUAUCUGGAGAUCCAAGCAAGUCAGCCGAUUUUCGGAAGUCCAUAGCUGGAAUUGGGCAAGUUUUUAGUUUCCCGUCUCAUCAGCAACUUAGUCGUUUCGGAUCGAGCACACCAUGUUUCCCAUUUUGGUUUCUAUUUCUGGUUAUCGAAUUUAGAACUUAAUAAUAGACUUGAUGGCGGCGCUUGCCUCUUCCUCACCGGUGUCGCAGCCAGCCCUAAAUCGCAUCUCCCAGGAGAUCGGAUCAUGCAAGGCCAGCCAUACCACGGUUACCUUUAGGCCCUUGAGUUUUGGACAUCUCCAAGGUGCUUCAAGGAGUAGAGUCCACUUAAAGAUUUGUCGAUUUUCACCGGGUCUUAGAAAUGACUCCAACUUAGGAUUUUUCCUCGUGUCUACAUCAAGGCACAGGCUGUUCAAUGGAUCACAAGUAGUGCGGAAGGUGACACCAAUGUGUGCGAAAGGGGGUAGUGACGACAGCGUGGGGGGAGAUCCACAGGUUCAGCAAAUGCUGGUGGAGAUGCUGCAGAUUCAAAUCGGCAAGUCUCGUGUGUCGGAUUUCGUUGAUGAGAGAUCGCAGCAUAUGCGCAACAUUGCGCAAGACACUUUCCAUCAGUACGAUCGCAUCGCUUAUAGAACCAUGAAAGGGUUAGAUGAUUCCGGAAGCAGAGUGCUGAGGCAACUUGACGCAGAUGCUCAAGCGCUUGAACGGGAACUCAGGGUGGCCAGGGCUGAGCUUGAGGCUGAAGAGCUUGAUUUGGAGGAAUAUCAGCUGGGUGUGGCAUAUUCAAGGAAUGAAGGGCUUUUCUUCAAGAAUCUUUACCCUUCACCAAAACCCCACCGUCUACGGUCGGCUGCUAUUUCAAAGUCUUCCGUGAAGGAGGUAAAGCAGAAUGUAGCCCUUGCAAGGCCAACCCGGGACUUCAGUAGCAGCUACAGGCAGGUGCUCUACGUAGGCUUGUCGCUGGUCAUUGUUUCCUUCAUUUGGAGCUCCAGCUCAGCACUCUUAGCAGGCACAUGGAUGCGAGCUUCAAAGCUAGCCAGCUACGGCAUGAUCUUCUCCGCUCUUCUGACCCAACUUGCCUACGUCAAAGUUCUCGUAGGUGAGGAGGAGCUAGAGGAGGAAGGUCCCAUCGACGUCACCAACAACGAAGACUAACCUCAACAGCCCAUUGCCGCUCCUGCAACACUGUACCCAUGUAUAUAGUGAAUUGUAUCUAAAAAUUCAGCAUUACAUCAGUGUUUUUGUAGAUUCAGGAACACGUGUAGGAAAAUCGAUAGGUUCCACUCCCUUUAUUUUUUUAAAACCUGCAGGCUGAGUUACAGGAUAAGCUCUCAAAUCGAAGUGGGUGCAUCCAGAUCGCCGCCUAGCAUGACCAUAGAUGUGUAUUGCUUUGCCCUUAUUGGGAUUGUUUUACUAAAACAGUAUACUCUGGAUUUCGGCCGAAGGCGUGUGAGUGGUAUGUGGGCUGCUUGUUUGAAGCGCCGUGCUUCUGAAUUUGUAGAGUUGUAGAACUGGUCUCCAAAGGGAACUUUACUAAUAGCAUUGAGGAGUUUUCUCGACA